UGAGCUUUUACAUUCCCACAUCCUGAGUGUGGAGUGCAGAAGCUCAUUCACCACUAUGGCAGGCAUAGAUAACAGCUUAGAUUUGCCUGAGGAGUACCAGAUGAACUUCAAGCGGCGAGGAUCGGCCCUAAUCUUUAACCAUGAACAUUUUUUUUGGAUGCUGCGACUGCAGGCACGUACUGGAACAGCUACAGACAAAAGAAACCUCACUGAAAGAUUUACAGAGCUGGGAUUUAAUGUGGAAUCGUGUGAUAACUUAAACGAGAACGACAUGAUGGACAAAAUACGUCAAGCUGCAGAGGCUGAUCACAUGGACUCUGACUGCUUUGUGUGUGUGUUCCUGAGUCAUGGGAGAGAUGGUCAUAUAUUUGCUUUUGAUAAAAUGGUUAACAUUAAAGAAAUAACAGAUCUUUUCAGAGGAGACAAAUGCAGAAGCCUUGUAGGAAAACCCAAGAUCUUCAUCUUCCAGGCAUGUCGUGGGGAUAUUACAGAUGAUCCUGUGACCCCCGUAGCUGGAGAGGAUGAGGAGAUAGAGGAGGUGGAGGAGGACACUGCUAUGGUCUACACACUUCCAGCAGGAGCAGAUUUCCUCAUGUGUUAUUCUGUAGCUGAAGGAUUUGCUGCCUUUCGCCACACAAAGCUCGGCUCAGCCUACAUCCAGGAUCUGUGUGAGACCCUGAAACACCAAGGCUCAACUCUGGAGUUCACCGAGCUCCUGACCCUGGUCAACCUGAAAGUGUCUAGACGGACCCACAACAACAAAAAACAGAUGCCCUGCUUCACCUCCAUGCUCACCAAGAAACUCUACUUUAGACCCAAAGAGGAGUAAAACAGUCUGACACCUUCUGGAUCAGGCUUGAUAAAUUUCAGGAGUAUGUAAUAAAACACUAGUAGAUUAGACACAGCAGUUCUACUGGAGUUUUUAAACACUUCACUUCAGUGUUACUGUUGAACUGAGAAGAGUCCACCAACAGUGCCCGGUUUAUAAAUAUAGAACAUUUUGAACACCACAACUAGUAGUAGUUACUUUGUUUAAUUGACAUAAUUUUUUUAUUUUCAGAAAUAUAUCUGGAGUCAAUAUUCUGUCCAUGCAUUUACUGUAAAUGUAUGUUUUAGAAUUUGUAUAGUUCAUCAAGGUCAGAAGAUGUAAAGGUAACUGGCACUUGUAUCUUAAAUGUAAAAUGUUCUUUCAUUUUGAUUUGUAAACAUCAGUGAACACCAUGUAGAAAAUUGUGUUUGCAGUUUUAAAAUAAAUAAAUCUACAUUUAAUAAAACAACUCAAAUGUCUAGAAUAAAAAAAAGAAUAGAACGAA